AUGGCAUCGCAAUUUACCGCCAUUUUAUUGUGGCUCGUUGGAAGUGUCCUUGGUCUCCGUGAUAUCCAGUUGAGUGUGCCCGAAGCGGUGGGCGUGGGCUCCAGCGCUACUUUGGGCUGUCGUUGGGCUCUGGACACUGGCGAAGCUCUGUACACAGUCAAAUGGUACCAUGGUGCGCAAGAGUUCUUCCGUUUCGUGCCAAAAGAGCUGCCCAACACACGGGUUUUCUCCCAAACGGGUAUUAGUGUUGAUAUAUCCAGAUCCGGAGCCCAGCAAGUUGUAUUGCGAGGGGCUUCAAAGGGCCUCAGCGGAAGGUACCGCUGCGAGGUGUCUGCGGACGCCCCAUUUUUUCACACGGUCUACAAAAGUGCUUUUAUGCGCGUUGUCGAAUUGCCCGACACGGCUCCAAUAGUCGGAGCUCAAAAGAGUUGGUAUUCCGUUGGGGAUAUGUUACGUGCGAACUGCACCUCUCCAGCGGCCGACCCUCCAGCCAACCUCACCUGGCUGCUAAACGGUUAUGAGGUAAAAGGACUCGACAUACCGCCUCCGGAUAUGUCGUACAAUCGGAAGCAACCUGUGAUAAGCGAUGCGUCCUUAGAAGACGCUAAUAGAAUUAUAUUCAGUCCCUGGGACACGGGUUACGAGGAAGCCACUUCGAGGAAUAUGGAAGAGAGGGGGAUUUUUGAAAGCUCUACCCGCGCUUCAUUUAGGGUGGAAGUCAGUAAAAAUAUGAGUAGCGAAGAGGAGAAAUCAAACAAGACGUCUUCCUUCAGUCAACUAAUAGUAAGGGUUCAGUCGUCGCAUUUUCAAAAGGGCCGUUUGAAUGUGACGUGUGUGGCGCGAAUUCUGUCCGUUUGGUCGAACAGCGGCGUGCUCAUUCUCGACGAAGAACGGCCGCAGAUUGCUCCGGUAAUGGGCAGCCGAGACUCCAAUUCUGGAGUUGAAUUACUGCGUUUCAGCGUCGUUAUAGAAGCGUCGUGUUUAUUACUUUUAUACUGGUACGGCCGAUGA